UCUUUUACAAUAGUGGUGAUAGAUUAAAUUGUACAAAUUUCAAUUUUUAAAUACAUAAUUGAAAAAUAUUGAGUAGAUUAAAUUAUAUUCUGAAAUAAUAAAAUAAAAUGUCUCGACAUAGAAUUGUUCGUGCGAUGGAUUACUCCGAUGAGUACGAUGGCUACGAUGAUGUUUACGGGCAUUCAGUUGAUGAUGAAACUGGAAUUUCACCAACAGACGCAUCACAAUGGAUAUAUGAUAGAGCUAGAGGACAACAAAGUAUAUCUGAAUUUAUUAAAACAAAUCGAAACAUUAAAGAAGAAGAUGAAGAAGAUGAUGCUGAAAGAUGUAAUACACAUAAUGAAAAGAAGAGACGAGAUUCAGAAAAUUUUCAGAUGCCUGUCUUAGAUGAUCUCGAGAAAAUAAAAUUAACAUCCUGCAUAGAUGAAAUUCGUAAUGUUGUAGGAGAUACUUUUUCAGAUAAAAAAAUUGUUGAUGCUGUAAUGCAGCAUAAUUUUGACUAUAAUACGGCUCUAGAUUCUUUAUUAAAUGAUAACUCAAAGGAAAAACAAAAUCAGCCGAUAAUCAGAGAAAAUUUAGAUCUCUCAAUAUCACAUGUUCGUGAAAAACAAACUAAACUUGCAAAUAUGGCUCCUGUAACAGUAAUUGUCACACCUCAAAAUGACAAAAAUGUUAAGAAAGGUUUUGAUCUUAGCGAAGAUAAACGUGAAGGCUCCGGUAGAAAUACUCCAGAGGUUCAAAUAUUAAGUGAGGAACAAAAAUCUGCUUUGAACAAAUUAAGUAGGGAACAAUUACAAGAAACUGCAAGGAAACUUUUUGAAAAGGAAAGGACUGGUGAAAAAUCUCACUUACAUAUGGUGGUAAUUGGUCAUGUUGAUGCUGGUAAAAGUACUUUAAUGGGUCAUUUGCUUUACGAUACUGGUAAUGUUUCUCAAAGAGUUAUGAGCAAGCAUGAGCAUGAAAGCAAAAAAAUUGGUAAGCAAAGCUUUAUGUAUGCCUGGGUUCUUGAUGAAACUGGUGAAGAAAGAUCUAGGGGAAUAACGAUGGAUGUAGGAAGUUCGAGAAUUGAAACGAAAUCUAAAAUAGUAACAUUGUUAGAUGCUCCUGGUCACAAAGAUUUUAUUCCAAAUAUGAUUUCUGGUGCGUCACAAGCAGAUGUAGCCCUUCUUGUGGUUGAUGCUACUAGAGGUGAAUUUGAAACAGGUUUUGAACAAGGUGGUCAAACUAGAGAACAUGCUUUAUUAGUUAGGUCUCUCGGAGUAACUCAUUUGGGAGUUGUCGUUAACAAGCUUGACACAGUUGAUUGGUCUCAAGAAAGGUUUAACGAAAUUGUAGGAAAAUUAAAAUCAUUUUUAAAACAGGCUGGUUUUAAAGAAAAUGAUGUAACUUUUAUUCCAUGUUCAGGCUUAACUGGUGAAAAUUUAGUAAAUGUACCAACAGAUACUAGAUUGACAAAUUGGUAUAAUGGUCCUACGCUUUUAGAUGUUAUUGAUAAUUUUAAAAUACCAGAAAAGUCAAUCGAUAAACCAUUGAGAAUGUCAAUUUCUGACAUAUUUAAAGGAACUGGUUCCAAUUUUUGUAUAUCGGGAAGAAUCGAAUCUGGGUUUAUUUGUACAAAUGAUAAAGUUUUGAUUAAUCCUGUUAAAGAAACUGCUGUAAUAAAAAGCAUUUCAAUUGAUGAAACAUCCUUUAAUGCAGCAUUUGCUGGAGAUCAAUGUUCUGUAACGAUUUCAGGAGUAGAUGUUAAUAAUAUAUGGGUUGGAUGCGUAAUAUGUGACAUUCAAAAUCCAAUUCCAAUAUCAACACGAAUUCAAGCAAGAAUAUUAAUAUUUAAUAUAAAAUUUCCAAUAACCAUUGGUUAUCCAGUAAUACUACAUCAUCAAUCUCUUAUAGAACCAGCUAGCGUUAAUAAAUUAAUAUCGAUUGUACAUAAAGCUACUGGAGAAAUAAUUAAAAAGAAACCAAGAGUGCUAACAAAAAAUACUUGUGCUAUAAUUGAAAUCGAAACAACAAAACCAAUAUGUGUAGAAAAAUUUUCUGAUUAUAAAGAAUUAGGCCGGAUUACUUUACGUGUUGGUGGAAUAACAAUAGCAGCGGGUACUAUAUUAAAAUAUCAUUAAAAUAAUUAUGCAAGUACAUUAAUCAGAUUUAUAUAAUUAUAAAUGUUUUUUGUAAAAAAAAAAAAAAAACAGAAAAACAAAUCAUUUGUUGGAUUUUUUGAUACAUAUAAUAAAAUGUAAAUUAA